CAUUCCUGACAUUCCGAUCCGCACUGUCGAAACCGCAGCACGCAUACACUCUCACACUCGCGCGCUCUCUCGAUCACACACGCACACGCGCACGCACACAUUGACAUGAGCGGAUAUUAUACACGCAGCGUAGAGCGCGAGCGCGCGCGCGCGCGCACGUAUAUGCCGCAGUGACGUUCCCCGGCCCCGCGGGACACCACAACCGAAUCCGUUUGAGAACAGGUAAGUCCUCCGGUCGGGAUCUCGUACUCGCCGCGGCCGUCCGACACGUACCGUACGUAAAACCGACCUAUUAUUCAUCACGACAACUGCAAUACUUACUUGCACUUUGUCGUUCGGUAUAUUAUGUGAAUAUUGUUUUCACAAUAAUAAUAUUACAAUAUUGUUACAAAUUAUUACUACGACCGCCGCCGCAGCUGCUGCCGUAGUAUUCUGUCGCCGGUCCCGUUUCUUCUCCGCAAGUGUCGCACUACUACAACAACUACUGUCUGCGAUCGUCUAGUACCGUCGUACGAUAUACUACUGCCUACCUAGUACGAUCGACGUAAUAUUGUUUAAACCAUAAGCUCGGCCGCGGUGCAGCGGACGACGAAGACGACGACGACGACGACCGAGACGCGCGGUAUGGAGAGCGAAUCGCCGUUGGAAGUGCUGUCCAGAGCGGCCACGAUGCUGCACAGGGAGGAGACGGCGGCCGCGGCUGCUGCGGCCGUGGUGGAGACGUCUUUCGCCACCAAUCAUUCGAGGUCGCUGUCGCUGAGAUGUUCGGCGAUGGAGGGAACCGUCGGCACCGUCGGCAAAUGGAAGAGGGAGAGAAGACACAGGGCCGUCUGCACGUCACCCGUAUCGCCAACUCCGCCGCCUUUCAGAAACUCUCAAGAGCCGCUGGACAUGACGACGACGGCUGGUUCCAGGGCGCUGCCCAAAGAACGGGCUUCGGUGAUCAUGGCGUCGCCGGCCACCGGACACAGGGCGCUUUCGUCGUCGGGGGCCGCGGCGACAGGCGGCAUCAGCGACACAGGCAUCGACGAACAUUUCAGACGGUCGUUGGGAAAAGACUACAUGAACGUGUUCGCGCCGGCCGCCGCGCAACGACAACAGCAACAGGUCGCCGUCACGGCCGCCGCCGCACCAUCGACCGACGGUGAUGACGACGACGACGACGAUGACGACGCGGGAUUAUCAGCGGUCGACGAUCAUUUCGCCAAAGCUCUGGGCGACACCUGGGUAAAGCUGCAAAAAGAAGAAUACCAGAAAAAGAGAAAAGAGACGGCCGCCGCCGCUGCUGACGGCAGGCAAAAAGUGAACGUAUACGCGGCGUGAGGGAGAAAACCGACCGGAAAAACGGAACAAAAAAUGAGAUAAUUUUAGGGGAUUUGUGUUAUAUUUAUAUUGUAAGUGCAGCAGGAACGGCCGGAUGUGAGCCCGGCUUCGGGACGGUGGGCUAAACUGCGUAGACUAUUAUUUUAUGUAUAUGAUUAUUCUUUGUACACUUUAAACUUUGUAAAUAAAAAAAACAAACAAGUA